AUGUGUUAUUAUAAAAUACAUAAAAUUGAAACGGAAAAUGGACCAAUAAAUGUAUACUUUGAAAAACAAAGUAAAUUAUAUUGCUUACUUCAUACUACUAAUAAUAUAUUACAAGCACAUAUAUAUUCUCCUCAAGAUUUUCGAGAAUUUGAAAACAACUUUGAUUACACAAAACUAAAUAGUAACAUAUCAGACAAUGAUAAUAAUAUAAAUGAAAACAAAAAUAAUAAAAAAUCUAGUGACCUAAAUAUAAAAGACAAGUUGAACUAUGAAAAUAUUUUUUCCUAUUUUAAAAGAGGAAUUAAUUAUUUUGGAAAUUUUAAUAUUGACGUUUUUUAUUUUUUUGUAAGUAAACAUAAUAUUGAAUUACAUUGGGUUGACAAUAAAGAAAUAUAUAAAAAAUUAAAUCAAAAUAAUAAUUGUCUUUCACUAUUUAGUGAUAGUGUUUUAAAUGAUCAUAAAUUAAUUGCUUUUGUAAUAAAUAUGGUUAAAAUAAAUUUUUUAAAUAUUUAUAAUCAUAGACAUUUUUACACAAUAAGAAAAAUUUCAGGCAUGUGGUUUGUCUUGGAUUCCUCGCGCAGUAAGCCCAUUCUCUUGCCUACUAGCCAGGAUAUGAACAAACAUUUAAUUAAUAUAGUAAAAGAUAAUAAUUUCACUAAACAUGAUAAUUAUAUUAUACAAGUUUUUAAAAAUUAUGAGAAAUAA